CAUUACAGUCCUUAUCUACAGCCUCACCCAACUCCAUACUCGUCAUUCGGGCGGAGCCCCAGUAUAAAUUCAUGCCCUUCUUCUUGAACAACUCUUGCACGGGACAUAGGCUACAUUCUUCCAUCUUCAAGUGACGAUCUGCCAUCUUAUCAGCACAGUCACAAUGCCGUCUGAUCUGGAGAGAGCGAUGGAGACGCUGAUCACAGUGUUUCACCGUUAUGCGAGCAAAGAGGCUGGAAAUACAUCAACAUUAAGUCGCAAAGAGCUCAAAAUGCUGAUGGAGGCAGAGUUGGCUAGCUUUCUGAAGUCUCAGAAGGACCCUGCUGCCAUAGACAAGCUUAUGAAGGAUUUGGAUGCUAAUAGUGAUGGAGAGGUGAAUUUUGAAGAGUUUGUGUCUCUUGUGGUGGGCCUGUCCAUUGCCUGUGAACAGAUCUACAAGAUACACAUGAAGCAGGGGCCAGGGGGUGUCAAAAAGCAAUAAAAUUUUGUUAAUAGGUUUUAAUAAACCAUUUCAGCCACAUGCCUCGAUUUGCAGUUGUUACUACAGUUACACUUUAUGUAUGUAAAGGAGGGUGUUUCUUUAGUUCUGUUAAGUGAUGUUAAAUUUUAUUUUAAUUUUUUAUAUAUAUAUAUAUAUAUUAUAUAUAUAUAUAUAUAUAUAGAUAUAUAUAUAUAUAUAUAUAAGUAUUUGUAUUAGACACGAAAAAACUCAUCCACAAAAGUCCUGUAAGUUCCAGCACAGAAGUAAACACUUUCUUUAUAUACA